CACACUUUUAAAGCCGAAAAUUAUUCUCACCGCGUAAAAACAUAACAAUAAUUCGCUCACAUUUUUGCAAAGCUGCUGAAAUAAUGACAAGCAUCACCUUUGCAAAGCUUUUUACGAAUAUUCUUAGAUCCCACUAGGGGAAGACAAAAAAAAAAGGAAAUUCCCUUUUUCGUAAAACUAUUAUUUUUCACCAUUUUGCAAUUGCUCAAACAGGGGACGGUUUCAAUUAGGGGGACCCAGGAGCACUCCCCCGCCGAUGCUCCCACAUUGGCGUUUGCCACUGCUAAUUGGUCACCCGGGCAGUGACAAGGGCAUAUUUGCUACAGCAUUCUUGGGUGAAAAAUAGAGUACCCACUUUUUUUGCGAAAUUGCCCCUCACGGCAUCCAUAGAUGUGACUGAUUUGGAGGAAGACCCUAUGCGUAUGACAUGCACGCACCCCCAUCCUCAGUAAUAACCUUAUUUUGACGCGCACAAUUAAAUGAGACGACACAAUGAAAGGACCAUCAACGCGAGGAUCCAGAGGGAGCAAAAGAACGAAUACGCUCGAGAAAGAAUACAAAACGGUUUGAAGCUAGACACCUACAGCAAAAUACAAGGAAUAUCCAUAGACAAAGCAGACGCAGCGCAAACGAAGAAGCAACAAGAGGAGUCUUUCAAGAGAGAAAACGAAACGGAAGAAAGUCAACUGCACAAAAAAGGCAACAAUUCCAAUGGAGGGGAUGAACAGGAAUAUUUCACAUCACUACAAUUUGACAGCGAGAAAAUUAAAGAAAAUCGAUUGAAACAAUGUGAAUUACUAAAUGAAAAGCAAAAAAAAGAAAAAGAAAUAGCAGAUGAAGAGCUGAGACAAAAAGCCGUAGAACAAGCAUUACAAAAUGAUGAAGGAUAUAAACAAUUGAAAGGGAAAUUAGAAGAAUUAGCCACGUUAAAGGUGAGGGAGAAUCAAAUCCGGGAUGCUAAAUUUUGCAAAAUAAAAGAAACAGAACAGGAAAUAAAACGAACUGAAAGACAAAGGGAAGAAUUACUCAAAAAAGAAGACCUGGAAGAAGAAAAAAAAAAAAAAUUAAAUUAUGAAAAAGUGAUGGAAACCAAAAUGGAGCUACAACAACAAAUACAAGAAAAUAUGAACAAGAAGAAAAAUAAAUUUUAUGGAAACGUACAAGAAAGAAACAACAUCGAAAAUGUAGUUAAAAAUUACAAUGAAGAGGAAAAAAAAAAAAAGGAAGAAGAAUUGCAAAAGCAGAAGAAGCUACUAAGGGAAUUCCAAGAACAAAUUGAAUUGAAAAAUAAAAAAAAACAACUGGAAAAACAAAAAGAAUUAGAGGAGGAACUAAAGAAUCAAGAAUAUAUCAAACAGAAGGAAGAAAAAAUGAAAAACCUACAAAAAAAAAAACAAGAAAAAUGUCUAGAGAAACAAAGAGUUGUCAACGAACUGGCACAUAAAGAAUAUCUCAUAAGCAAAGAAAAAGAAACUCUAGAUGAGCUGCUAAAUAAAGUGUACAUUGAAGAACACGACUUUAAGGAAAAACAAAAAGAAAUCAAAGAAAAUGAAAAAAAAUUACAACUCAAAAAUGAAAUGCUCAAACAACUCGAAAUUGACAUCCAAUUGAAGGAACAAAAAAGACAAAAGGAAAAAGAAGACGACGAAAAAAGAAAAAUUGAACUUCUUGAAGAAAAAAAAAAAUUAGAUAAAAUUGAUCAAUACACUGAUAAAAAAAGGAAAGAAAAAUUAUUACAAUAUAGGAAAGAAAUAUACGAAACUUUCCAACAGAAAAAAGACGCUGUCAAAAAUGAGCGCUUACAGGAAGAAAUCGAAAAGAAGAAACUUCUCGAGGAGCAGAAGCAGUACGAGGAACUCAUAAACAAGGAGAAGAUGAAGCUCCUUCAGAAAUACAGCAAAGACAUUUUGGAAAACCUCCCUGAAGAUGUCUACGACAUCUUGAAAAAGAAGAACAUCAUUACGUAG